AUGAAGACGAAGAAAGAGUUAAACGUAAAUGAAAGGCAUAGCCCUAUAAGAGAAGGUAAAUUGGGAGAAUGGCAAGAUGCAGGAAGUACUAACUCUCAUACUAUGUUAGUGGACACGCAAUCAGAAAGCGAGGAGAAAGAUGACAGUUCAGAUGAUAAUCAGGAUUUAGAAGUUAGUGAAGAAUUUAUACAGUUUCUAAUGGUAAAUGCAAAACACAAAGAAGAACUGAGGUUAGAGCGUGAAAACCAAAAAGCAGCACAAGAACAAGCGGAGUUAGAAGAAAGAGAGGCUCAGUUGAAAGCGCGAAGACACUAUGGUUUAUCUGCUCAAGAUCUUUAUGGAGAAAGAUGGCGGAAAGUUGCAGCAACAGAGAUGUCAAUGAAAUGUGAUUAUAUGUCAGAUAUUGACAAACAUACACCUGCAUUCUGGCCUGUGAUACCAUUUAAUUUUGCUUCACAUUAUUCAGACUCGAAUCAAAAUUUUUAA